CCGGCUCCUCUGUUUUGUUUGCUUAGCAGCUGGCAAACAUUCAGGGAAGGAUUUUGGUCCGCGGCCGACACGGUAAACGGGUGUAGCAGUACUUCUACUGUAAAUACUGCUGCUCUUGUUGAAGGGCGCAAUUGUAGUAUUUGGACAAUCCAGAAGGUGGAGCCCGAUCAAGCCAAACGCGAUCCUCCGUACCUUGGUACCAGCACGUCGGAAGAGAUAUGGUGGAUCAUUCGUGCUACAAGGCGCAAUACGGCGCAGCAUCAAAUGGCUAUACUGCAUCUCUCCAGCAUCAACCAGCAACAAACCACGCGUGGGAGGACUUCUUCCAUGUCCCCAUACGCCUAGGACAACAAACUUUCGCGCUGCAGGACGAUUAUGAGCUCUGGAGCGUAAAUAAACCCAGAAUAUGCCCAAGCUCAAUACAGUAGAAGCUGCCAAUGCCCUGUCGGCGUCGGACUUUUUCGAAACUUACGACAAGCACACAGCCUUGUCACUAGACACGAACGCAGAAUUGCAGAUAUGCAAGGGCGAUGCUUCACACAUCCCUGCACCGCUCUUUGAACAGUGCUUGAAGUUGAUCGAACUGACCAGCGCGCAAGACUAUCGUAACUCUGAGAUGAAAUGGUCAGUGUCUUCAAAGCGGAAGGAGAUGAAGCUCCCGGACAUGAGAUACAUCAUCCUGGUCGAAAAGACAACUUCACAGCUUGCGGGCUUCAUCUCUUUCAUGAUUACCUACGAGGACGGCUAUGAGGUUGUCUACAUCUAUGAAAUUCAUUUCACCCCCGAAUGGCAAGGGAGAGGGCUCGGAAGAGAGCUGAUGAAAACAGUCGAAGAUAUCGGUCAGCGUGUCGGCGUUAGCAAGGCCAUGUUGACUGUCUUCAAGGCGAACAGCCGAGCAGUCAGGUGGUACCACGACCUAGGAUAUCGAGAAGACGACUUCUCACCUGGUCCACGUGUUCUACGGAAUGGCACGGUCAAAGAACCCAGUUACAUCAUCCUAUCGAAACAGUUGAACGAUUGAUAUCAUUGUUUGCAUGCAUCUAUAUCUGGCGCACGGGUUUGCCCCUCAUCUCAGGUCGCUCUAUUUCGAAUUCAUCGCGCAAAACGGCAUACAAGGUGUCUCCCACCAGAAUGGUCAGUCCAAGACUCCAUACGAGAGUAAUGGCGUAGAAGAAAUUGGCAUUGCCCGAUCCUGAAUAAAUCCACAAAUGGUAAAAUGCCGGACCGAGAAGGGUUGAAUAAAGCAGCACCGAUGCGGCAAUGAAGGUAUACCGAGUCACUUGAAUGGUCAGCUGGAGAACUUACGAAAGAACGACGCGGCGAUCAGACUUACGUGGUAGAAUGUGCGAGUACAUUGGGAGGAAGCCGAGAUACAACGAGACGUCUGAUAUGCUGGGGUAUGGCUUGAAAAUGGCAAAUAAUCCCAAAAGACUGGUGAUGACAAAAAGUGGCUGUCGUUGAAGUCGAAAACUCAAUCCUCCAACAUACCCCACGAGAUGUAACCAGAACACGCCAAUGAAAAAGUCCCGGAAGGAGUCGAAUAUCUCAAUGAAGAAAUACCACCAGAGUCCCACGUUUGGCGUAAGGUCGGUGACAGUCAGUUGUGCUCCAUAGCAGGACGAGAGGAAGUCCCAGAAUCCGUCAGUCAGAAUAGGAGUGGUGAGGAGCAACGCUGCCAAAGCUCCUAGAUACGAUAGGAUCGAAAUAGUAGCGGAAAUUGGUUGGUUUUUGUUUUGGAGAAUCAUGAGUAUCGUCGGUGGCAAGAGUAGGCCCGGGUACAUGGACAGAUAUGUGCCAAUGGCCAGACUGAACAUUGCUCGAAUAGCAUUGCCGGACUGUGCGUUUAGAACGGCUUGAAUAAUGGCUGCAUUGGUGAAAAUACUGGUGUUUUUGCCCAGGCAAGACAGUAUAGUAAAUGGGUUGAAUAGAUAUGCUGCCGCUAUUAUCGAGCCAUCCAGUUUCCGAAAUCGAGG